GGAAUAAAAUUUCAGACUCGAUCUAUACAAAGGAGGGAGGGUUUAAGAACAGUAACUAGAAAUCUAGAAAAGGCAAGUCCACUAGCACUUGGUAGAAGGACUAGUAGUAAUUAAUACAGCCGUUUGAAGAUAAUAAUGGGGGAUGAUGAUCUUAUUAACAACGAAGUUCAAGACAGGAAAGCAAGAUCCUCAACUGGUCGAGAGAGAAGGAGAAAAUGGCUCAAGAGGAGAGAGAAAUGGAUUGUCAUUGUUGGUGUUGUUCUUCACGCUAUUUACAUGCUCAGCAUUUUCGAUAUUUACUUCAAGACUCCAAUUGUUCAUGGCAUGGAUCUUGUCUACCCUUCCAUCACCCCCCCUGCUAAGCGCCUUGUUCUACUAGUUGCUGACGGGUUGCGAGCGGAUAAGUUUUAUGAGCCGGAUACUGAAGGGAAGUACAGGGCACCGUUUCUUAGGAAUGUGAUUAAGCAUCAAGGUCGGUGGGGGGUUUCUCAUGCUCGGCCUCCUACUGAAUCGAGACCUGGCCAUGUUUCUAUUAUUGCGGGGUUUUAUGAGGAUCCUAGUGCUGUUACUAAAGGAUGGAAAGCGAAUCCUGUGGAAUUUGAUUCCGUGUUUAACCGAAGCCAGCAUAUAAUUUCUUUUGGUAGCCCUGAUAUUGUUCCGAUAUUCUGUGGAGCCUUGCCACACAGUACCUGGAAUACAUAUCCCCACGAAUUUGAAGAUUUUGCAACUGAUGCAUCUUUUUUGGAUGAGUGGUCAUUUGAUCAAUUCCAGAGCCUUGUAAACAAGUCUAACGAGGACCCAAAAUUAAAGGAGCUACUUGUACAAGACAAUGUUGUGAUAUUUCUGCAUUUGCUUGGUUGUGAUUCAAAUGGUCAUGCACAUCGCCCCUUUUCACCCAUUUAUCUCAACAAUGUUAAGGUUGUUGACCAUAUUGCGGAAAGAGUUUAUAAUCUUCUUGAAGAUUAUUUCAGGGACAAUCGAACAGCUUAUAUUUUUACAGCUGAUCAUGGAAUGAGUGAUAAAGGAAGUCAUGGAGAUGGACAUCGCUCAAACACUGAUACCCCCCUCGUUGCUUGGGGAGCAGGGGUAAAACAUCCCAGGCCGACAUUUGGCGAAAAUCAUAAUGAUUAUGGUACUUUUGUUGAUGAUCAUGUGCAUGAUAUGCCAACUCCUAAAGAGUGGGGCCUAGGCAACAUAGAACGAGUGGAUGUUAAUCAAGCUGAUAUUGCACCACUAAUGUCAUCUCUUCUUGGUUUACCGUGUCCAGUCAAUUCAGUAGGAAGUCUGCCACUUGAUUACAUCAAUUUAAAUAAGGCAGAAGAAGUUGAAGCUGUGCUAGCCAAUGCAAAACAAAUUCUUAAUCAAUUCCUUCGUAAAGCUCAACUAAAGCAGGCAAGUUCAUUGCGCUUCAAGCCUUUCAAACCACUGGCUCACUAUUCGUCACUUCUGGAACUAAUCAAUUCUCGAAUAUCUGCUGAAGACUAUGAAUCAGCAAUGACGCUAUCUGUAGACCUUAGAAGGUUGGCACUGGAAGGACUUGACUAUUUUCAAACAUAUGAUUGGUUGAUGCUGAUGUCUGUGGUCACUCUUGGCUACAUUGGUUGGAUGUUUUAUCUUAUCCUUCAUGUAUUGCAAUCUUAUACUACUUUGCCUGGAUAUAUACUUAAAAUGGAGCAAGCAGUGUCCCGCAGAAACAAUAAUAUAAAGGCAAACUUAUGCGGAUGUUUUUUCAUGGCAAUAGUUUUUAUCAUAUUAUUUUUGGAGCACUCUCCUCCUCUUUACCAUGCAUAUUCUGCAAUGACAGUAUUUCUCUGGACACAAAUAUUCAGUGAAUAUCAGUUCAUUAAUGCUUUAUGGAGGUAUUUAUGUGGUAGAGAGCAUUACCAUUCUCUCAAACUCGCAGCAACCUUUUUGGUAUCAGUUUUCAUUCUUGAAGUACUGGUAAACAGCUUUACUGAGAGGAAGCUUUACACUUGGUGUUUCUUGACUGUGGGCCUGAUUGCCCCAGUUUAUCUUUCUAGAUUGGUUGCAUGGAAAUCUGGAACACCACUGUUUAUGUGGUUAUCAUGUUGGUUUUUAUCUGUUUUCACUUUAAUGCCUGCAGAAAUACCUGACAACACCCUACUAGUAGUUGGUAGUGGAGGUAUAAUAAUUUUUAUUGGAGGAGCUGCGAUGUAUCUGGAUCGGCGUGGCAGGGAUAACAAAUACUGGUUCAGUCUCCUUAAUAGAGACAGAGAAAAUAAAAUUCCAUUUCUCUUUCAGCUGCAGUGUCUUUUGGUAGGUUUGUCAUCGGUGAUGGUGUUGUUAUCAACUUCUCAUAGAACAAAAAAGCAGGAACUGCUUGCGUUGCAUCAAAUGAUAAAUUGGUUAAUUGCUGGUUUCUCAAUGGCUCUUCCACUAUUCUCGGCAACUGGGCUCUUGUCCAGACUCACGUCAAUAUUCCUUGGCUUUGCACCUGCUUUCCUUCUCUUGUCCAUUGGAUAUGAAGCAGUUUUCUACAGUGCACUAGCUCUUGCACUAAUGGCAUGGAUACUUUUUGAAAAUGCACUCUUGCAUUAUAGUAAGACAGAUGCAUCUCAAUCUUCAAUCGGAGGUGUGGAAGAUAAUUUCCAAUUAGAAAACGGAAACAGAAGUCUGCAACUGUCUGAUAUGCGAAUACCACUAGUUUUUGUUGUCUUUUUCAAUGUUGCCUUCUUCGGAACUGGUAACUUUGCAAGCAUUGCGAGUUUUGAGAUUUCUUCUGUUUAUCGAUUCAUCACAAUUUUCAGUCCUUUUCUUAUGGCAGCCCUGCUUAUCUUUAAACUGCUUAUACCAUUCCUGCUUGUCAUAUGUGCAUUUAGUGCAAUUACCAAAUUAGUACGAGUUCCACGUGUAGGAUGCUAUUUUCUUGUAAUAUUGUGUUCCGAUGUAAUGACAAUCCACUUCUUCUAUCUAGUCCGAAAUAAAGGGAGCUGGAUGGAGAUUGGUAAUAGCAUAAGCCAUUUUGGAAUCGUGAGUGCUCAGGUUGUGUUUGUCCUGCUGCUUUUUGCUGUGACAAAUAUAUAUACAAAGGACAUACAAACCCGUUCAGUAAAGCAAUUUUCUCGGAAAAACAUAUGAACUGCGUGAAAGAAUUGGAAAAAGACACUUCUCUUGGAGGAGCCUUGGAAGCAAAUGACCUACAACUGUUGACAUCUAAAGACUAGAUGCGUGGUUCACAAAUUUUGAUAUUGCACUGUCGCAUACGCAUCUGAUAUUUCAAGACUUCCGGUUUGCUUGAUGAGGGUGAUUAUGCGGCAUGCACAAGGUGGUGCUACCAAAUCGAUAUAGUUGAUAUAGGUAAAAUUUAACGGCAACUGGAAACAGGAAAUUGGUCAUUCUUACUUCUUAGCAUGACAGUUGAGUGCAAUAUUCCCCUGCUCUGUUAUGAGUAAACCACAUAUUUUUUUGUUUCACAGGGGUGGGUAGGCUACCACUAAAAUCCGAUUUUUGUCCGCCAAAACUGGGUCAGUUAUAGAUAUAUUUUCUUGUAUUGCAGCGGAUAUAUCUAUAUGUUUUUUGCUGAGUGAAUAUACUUUUAAAAAUUUUCAA